AUGGGAAAAAGAACAGGGGAGUGGAAAAUAAUCUCAUAAAACUCUGUGCUGUAUUUUAUAAUAAACAAUCCAUUUAGAGGAGGAGGAUCAUACGAUACCAACGGAUUGAAAAAUGGCAAAUGGACACAACUAAAGGAUAUUUUAUAAGGAGGUGUUUUGAUAUUGGAAAUUGGGGAAUAUUAAAACGGUAUAAAAACAGGAUUAUGGAUUGUUAAAUGGGUGGAAAUUUUAACAAAAAAUAAUAAAAUUAUUGGGAGCGGUAAUUAUGAUAACAUGGGAAUUAAAUAGGGGAUGUGGUAAGAUUUAAUUGAGGAUUUCUGUGAAUAGAAUUAAUUGAUAUAUAAAGGGGCAUAUAAAGAUGGAAUAAGGAUAGAUGAAUGGGUAAUUUAAAGUUCAAAAGAUUUCCCUAAAUUUUGUCACAUUUCAUAAACGAGAACAAAGGUUAGAGGAUCAGGCUAAUACGAUCAAAAAGGGCGAAAAAUUGGUUAAUGGAAUGAACCAUGCAAAAAUUAUCAAUAGUUUUGA